CGACCCUUUCUGAAAAGACUCAAUAACGAAAGUAGACGACCAAAAGUAGAGUUCCUGGAAUAAUUGGCUACGUGGAAAAAGGCAUGAUAUUCUUCGAACACGAAGACGUAGCAUUAUUGUUGUCAGCCAGAAGCUUGUCAAACGCAUUGACAAUGAGGUGCUUUGGAUGUAAGGAAAACAAGCUGUCCAAUGAAUUUCCUCAGUUUGACAUAACUGAGAAUUGCAAACAUCCAAGAUUUCACUGCAUGAGGUGUGUGAUUCGACAAGUGAAAGAGAAGAAGUGCUGUCCAUUUGCAGAAUGUGGAAAGCCUGUGACACCUGAAAGCAGAAAUAUUGCUAUCAUUCAGCGCACCUUAGAUGAGAUGUUCCGUGAGUACACUACAGAGUUCACUCCCUUGGUUAUUCCCGAGGGUGUCGGUCAGGGUGUGGUGCGUGUGGCAGUACUGAAUGGGGACUCAAUGACAGUGAACUACAGGCCCUCCAUGACAAUACUGGAGCUGAAGCAGUCCAUACAGAACAAGAUGAAACAUGAAGUUCAGAAACAGAAGCUGCUAUACAAUGAUAUAGAGAUAAAGGUGUAUGGAGAUGGUCAGAAACAGAUGAAGCUGAGAGACUACAACAUUCAACCUAACUCUACAGUCUACUUAGUUGUCCUGAUGCUGGCCAUUCCAGUAGGGUUUGAUCAUGUAGUUUUUGAUCUCUACUGGGGAUUUCCACUGUCUGGGGUAGAUUUUCUUGAUGCGUCCUGUCUCCUCUAUAACGGAACACAGUUUCUUCAUCUUUGUGACUGGCGUCAUCUCAGUUGUGUCAGUGGUGCUGUGCAACAUUCAGGAGACAUAAUGGACAGCAUAAAGAAUCAAGGUCACCAUGUUAUUAACGUUUAUCUUAAAAAAAUCCCGAGUGAAGUCACCCAUUUAUUUUUCACAUUAAGUGCAUGGGGUUCACCAAACAUAUCCAAAUACCCAAACCCCAGCCUGAAGUUCUACGAAGCUGACAAACCAAAUACAGAUUUGUGUAAGACAUCCUUCACUCACGCCAAUCAUAGCCAGGCUGUCAUCAUGUGUUCAAUGUCAAGGUCAGGGGGCCGAUGGGCAAUCUAUGAGUCAGGGAAACUCUCAGCUGGAAAUACUAGAGUUUAUGAUCCCAUCAAAGGUAGUAUUCAAACUUUGAUUUCACAGGGAUAUUGAAGUUGAUCAGAGUGUUUUGUAAGGUAGGGUUCACUAAGCAUUAGUUUGAAAUAAUGACAUGCAAAACACAGCUCACACUAUAACAAUGUUUUGAGCACCAGAUCUAAUACUUCUCACUGUUUUACACUGUUUUUAUCAAUAUUCCAGCAAUGCUAUGACAGGGACACCUGCCUCCCUACAUUGUACAGGGCUGGGAUGGGUAAUUCAGGUUCAGGUUGGAUGGGUAUUAAGAAGGUCCCAGCUGUUCAUUGAACCACAUCAGGUGCUUUUAGUUAUGUGAUAUGUGAUGUGUUGUUAAAUGACAAUAGUUCACUACAAUUCAAUGGUUACAUGACGUUGUUUCCGACUAUGUACAUGUUCCUUAUGAGGUGUAUAUAUUUUAAUACAGAUAAAACUUAAGUCAACUUUAACAUAUUUAUAUUUGGGAUUACACUUUCGUAGUAAAGUACAGAUUUUUGUACUUCUGUUUGGUUGAGU